UCACCUGGAUUGAGCCGACCAUGAGCUGGUAGUGCAAAGAUAAGAUUUUUUUUUCUUCCAUGGAAUCCAAUCUUUUAUGCACCAGGUACUAUCACAGAAAGAAGAGGAAGAGAGAAAAGAAAAGGCCAAAAACAGUGAAUAAUUGAAUGGCUCGUCCACUUGGAGAAUCCUGCUUCUCUCUCAGUUUUCGGCAACUCAUUAGGGAGUUUCCUGGAAACCUGAGCAUUUCCUAAAAGUCAUAUGUACUUGACUAUUUAAGGCGAAGCCGGAAAAGAAUCCUGUUUGAUUGAUUGAUGUUAGUAUUGUCAACUACUCCCAGUCCCUGUAAACAUUUUACUCUUUGAAAACCCAAAUCCAUGGAUCUUCUCAGUCAGUUGCGGGGACAGAUUGCUGAUUUCUCAGCUUUUCUCUACCGAGAGGGUUUUGUGGACGAUCAGUUUACUCAGUUGCAGAAGCUGCAAGAUGAGAGCAGUCCUGGUUUUGUGGUGGAAGUGGUGUCUCUUUUCUUUGAAGAUUGUGAGAAGCUCGUUAACAAUAUGGCCAAAGCUUUAGAACAGCAGAUUGUAGAUUUCAAGCAGGUAGAUUCUCAUGUUCAUCAAUUGAAGGGUAGUAGUUCUAGCAUUGGUGCAGCAAGAAUUCAAAAUGUCUGCAUUGCCUUCAAGACUUACUGUGAAGGCCAAAACCGUGACGGGUGUGUGAGAUGUCUCCAACAAGUGAAUCAUGAGUGCAUUCAACUGAAGAACAAUCUUCAAGCUUUAUUCAAGCUUGAGCAACAGAUAGUCGCUGCUGGAGGAUCAAUUCCUGCGAUGCAAUAGGUAUUGUCAAAACCCUACUUCCUUUUGACAGGAGCAGGAAGGUGCAGGUUGAUGGUUCAGAUAUUCAUUUUGUCUUUAGACCUAGACUGAGUUCAAGCAGCUUUGACUUGAGAAUUUGUGUGUGGAGUAGCUGUGAAUGAGGAUUCUACAUCUGAUGCUGCAAAGUGUAUGUUUCGUUUGUUUUUCAGAGGUUUAAAUUUGCAUUUAUCUGACUAGAAUGGUAGUCUUCUUGUUGUCUCUAGGCACAUCAUGCUUUAGAAAAUCAGUGUAGUCUAAAAAUGUGGAAGCCAUCGAAUGCAAUGUAGAAGAUGAAUUUCUAUGAAGAAAUAAUGUUUCCGUGGAAAAACUAUCCUUUCAGAGCA